CUUCACCGUGUUUUCCUACAAAACACUCAGAAAUCCGCAAGUUAAUUUCGGCUUUUCAAUUUAUUUUCUUUUUUUCUUUUUUGGAUUAACCCACAAAUGGGUAUCAGAAUUGGAAGUCACAUAGAGAAGGUGAAUGGGAAAGAAGUGAGUUACAGUGAGUUUGUGCAGAAAUAUAUGGAAAAGAACCAGCCUGUGGUGCUGACGGGUCUCAUGGAUGAUUGGAAGGCUUGCAAGGAUUGGGUCUUGGAUAAUGGAAAACCCAAUCUCCAAUUCUUCUCUACCCAUUUCGGGAAAUCCAGAGUUCAGGUUGCAGACUGUGGUACUAGAGAUUUCACAGAUCAGAAAAGAGUGGAGAUGUCUGUUUCAGAGUUCGUUGACCACUGGCUGGACAAUUCAUUGCAGGAACUGGGUAGUGCUUCAACAAAUCAAAGUAAUGGCCAUCCUGUGCUAUACUUAAAGGACUGGCAUUUUGUGAAGGAGCACCCAGAAUAUUUAGCGUACACAACUCCAUUGUUUUUCUGUGAUGAUUGGCUCAAUCUGUAUCUCGACAAUUAUCGUAUGCAUAAGGAUCCCGACACUUAUCAAGCGAAUAAUGAAAUAAGUUGCUCUGACUAUCGUUUUGUUUACAUGGGAGCAAAAGGAUCUUGGACUCCCCUUCAUGCUGAUGUUUUCAGGUCAUAUAGUUGGUCAGCAAAUGUGUGUGGGAAGAAACAAUGGCUUUUUCUGUCUCCUUCUCAAUGUAAUCUUGUGUUUGACAGGAACAUGAAGAGUUCUGUAUAUAAUAUACUUGAUGAUGUCAGUGAAAAAGAAUUUCCUGGUUUUAAGGAGGCUAUCUGGUUGGAGUGCACUCAAGAACAGAAUGAAAUAAUCUUUGUGCCUAGUGGAUGGUAUCAUCAAGUUCAUAACCUGGAAGAUACAAUAUCAAUAAACCACAACUGGUUCAACGCCUAUAACCUUUCUUGGGUGUGGAAUUUACUUUUGAGGGACUACAAUGAGGCUAAGGAAUACAUAGAAGACAUCAGGGAUAUAUGUGAUGAUUUUGAAGGUCUCUGCCAGCGCAAUCUUGCGGCCAACACAGGCAUGAACUUUUAUGAUUUCUUUGUUUUCAUAACAUACUUCUGCUUGGCGAAUUUGGUCCAACUAUGCCAUCUACUAAGAGACUGCAAAUCCAUUUGGAGUUUGUCCCCAGUAGCUGAGCAUUUAGCUUUGAACCUUGGAUCUGUACGGAAGAUCGUGUGCAAGAUCAAAUCUGUUGGUGGUCUGGCAGGAAAUCAUGGUUUCUUGGAUAUGAGGGAAACUCUAGAUGAUCCCAGGUUCCUUCAACUGCGUACGGGCUUGGAAAGAGUGUAUGAGAUGAUACACAAACAACAUAGUUGCUGUUUUGAUACAAAGAAAGAUUUGGUGGAUGAGUUGAGGGAGUUGGAUACUACAAGAACGUACGGUUCCCAGGUCUUUACUGCAGAAGGUCUUAUUAGUUUUAUUGACAAUGCUAUUACAAAACUCAGUUGCACUAACUGUGAGGGAAUUGUUUUGCUGUCUGAAUGGGAUGGUGCUUAGAUGUUCAAUGAGAAGUGAUUUUUGGCUACAAUUUUUCCACUUAAAGGUGGCUCUGUCAUACUGUUCUCAAAAGCUGCACCUUUCAGCAUGGCGCUCCCUCAUCAUGAUUGUAGGCUGCAGGAAGCGGUGAUUAUGUGGCUUAAGAAUGGAGAUAAAUUAGCUACAAAUCAGUUUAAUGAAGGGACAUAUGUCCCUUAACAUGUGCUUCUCACAUAUUUUUUUAAUAGCAUUAAUAAGAAAGCAUGUAAGAACAUGUCACUUUAUUAGACUGGUUUGUAUAAAUUAAUUACAAACAGUUUGUAGCUAAAUUUUGUCCAGAAUGAAUGAAGCAUUUAAAUAUGAAGAUGAGAUUCAAAGUGAGAAAGGGAAACCGUACGAA